AUGGUACCGAUUGGACUCUUAACGGCAAGUUCAGGAUACCCAGUAGAAGUCAGAGAUACGAUUACCUUAAACACCGACAUUUUCUCUAAUAGAUUUUUCAUUGACUCUAUACUACAUCUGGACCAUGAAAGAGUACCUGAAAGAGUAGUACACGCGAAAGGAACUGCUGCACUUGGAUAUUUUGAAGUUACCAACGAUGUUUCGAAAUAUACUAAAGCUGACGUAUUCAAUGGUAUUGGUAAAAAAACUCCUGUAGUAGGAAGAUUUUCUAGUGUUGCACAAAACAAAGGAGGCAAUGACCUCGCAAGGGAAUUUAAGGGUUUAGCUGUAAAAUUUUAUACACAGGAAGGAAACCUUGAUUUACUUUGUUUAAAUGUGCCAGUUUUCGUAUUAAAAGAUCCAGAGUACUUUGUUCAUUUUGCCCAUGCUUCGAAAAGAAAUCCCAGAACAGAUUUAUUUGAUGAUAUAGCAAAGUUGGACCUUUUUACUUUAAGACCUGAAAUGUUACAUGGAGCUUUGUGGAUGCUAUCUGAUUAUGGCAUACCAAAUGGCUACAGAAAAAUGGACGCAUUUGCAUUCCAUACUUUCGAACUUAAUAACAAACAGGGAGAAAAGUAUUUCGUAAGGUUUAAUUUUAGAACCGAGCAAGGUAUAGAAAAUCUGCCUUCCGAAGAAGCAAUUAAAAUAAGCGGAGAAGAUCAAGAUUAUUACCAAAGAGAUUUAUAUAAUGCCAUAGCUAUGAAAAAUUAUCCAGUAUGGACGUUGGAAAUGGACGUUAUGACGUAUGAAGAUAUACUAAAUUUAAAUUACGAUCCGUUUGAUAUCACUGUUUUAUGGAAAAAAGGAACUUACCGGACAGUUGAAAUAGGUCGUCUAAUUUUUAAUGAAAACCCAGAUAAUAUGUUUAGAAUUUCUGAACAAAGUGCAUUUAAUCCUGCAAACCUGGUUCCUGGUAUACCUGGUCCUUUUGAUAAUGUCUUUAAAUCUCGUAGACUUUCCUAUCAGGACACUCAGAAUCAUCGUUUAGGUAUCAAUCAUAAUAGAAUGGAGGUUAAUUGUCCAAUAUAUCAAAAGGUUUACAAUCGUGACGGAUAUCCACCUGUCAAAGACAACAUGAGGGAUGCGCCUAACUAUUAUCCAAAUUCAUUUAGUGGACCGGUGCCAUUUGUGGAUGCAAGCCGACCAAAAGAACGUUUAUGGGUAAUGGAGAGUAACGCAGUUGAUUUAGAAGAAGUUUCGUAUUUCUACAAUUAUGUGCUAGAAAAUGAUCAACAUCGAGAUAGAUUGGCAAAUAAUACUGUCAAAUUACUUUUACGAAAUCCUCCAUUCAUACAAAGAAGGUUGAUUACUUUAUUUUAUUUGGUUGAUCAACAUUUAGGUGCACAAGUAUCAAAUAAAUUGCACAGAGCCCUUAAAACUGUUAUUACACAAAACCCAAAAGUACUGAGAAUUCCAAGAAAGCCCAUUGGUCUUCAAACUACCAGUUAUGGAAAUCCAGUGGAAAUAAGAGAUACUAAUACAUUAAACAGCGAUAUAUUUUCAAAUUCUUAUUUUUUUGAAUCUACAAUGCACACGGAUGCUGAGAGAAUUCCGGAAAGAGUUGUACACGCAAAAGGUACGGCAGCUCUUGGAUACUUUGAAGUAACUCAUGAUGUAUCUAAGUAUACCAAAGCGGAUGUAUUCAAUGGUAUUGGAAAAAAAACUCCUGUUGUAGGAAGAUUUUCUACAGUAGCACAAAACCUAGGAGGAAGUGAUGUAAAUAGAGAAACAAAAGCUUUGGCAGUAAAAUUUUAUACCCGUGAAGGAAACUUAGAUUUGCUUUGUGUAAAUCAGCCUGUAUAUUUUUAUCAAGAUCCAAUACUUUUUAAACAUUUUGCACAUAGUAUUAAAAGAAAUCCGAAAACAAAUUUAUUUGAUCGAACCGAACAAGUGGAUUUUUUAACUUUAAGACCGGAGUCAUUACAGGCAUUUUUGUGGCUACUAUCAGAUUUUGGAUUACCAAAUGGCUAUAGAAAAACGGAUAUCUUUCCAAUCCACACAUACGAAUUAAACAAUAGGAAUGGCGAAAAAUACUAUGUUAAGUUCAAUUUUAGAACGGAGCAAGGCUUAGAAAUUUUAACAACAGAAGAAGCAAUGGAUAUCGGCUCUCGAGAUCCGGAUUAUUUUACCAGAGAACUGUAUAAUGCUAUAGAAGAGAAAAAAUUUCCGGCGUGGAAAUUAGAAAUGGAUGUUAUGACAUAUGACGAUUUAUUAAAAAUAGAUUAUAAUCCAUUCCAAGUUAAUAGAUUAUGGAGGAAGGGUACAUAUCAUACGGUUCAGAUUGGUCGUCUGGUGUUUAACAAAAAUCCAGAUAAUAUGUUUAGAAUAGCUGAACAAAGUGCGUUCAAUCCUGCAAACUUAGUUCCAGGUAUACCGGGACCUGUGGACUUGUUAUUUAAAGCACGGAGGCUUGCAUACGUUGAUACUCAAAAUUAUCGUUUAGGUAUAAAUCAUAACAAAAUUGAAGUAAAUUGUCCUAUUUAUCAAAAAGUGUAUAAUCAUGAUGGUGUUUCUCCUGUCAAUGAUAAUAUGAAAGAUGUUCCGAAUUACUAUCCAAACUCAUUUAGUGGGCCUGUGCCGUUCGUUGAUGACUCACGAUCAAACGCACGAAUCGUAGUAUUUGAAAGUAAUGCUAUUGAUUUAUCUGAGCCAUCGUAUUUCUAUAACCAUAUUCUUAGAAAUGAAACACAAAGAAAUAGACUAGCGUCAAAUAUCGUUGAACUCAUGUUACCGACGCCUCCAUUUAUGCAGAUGCGGUUUAUUAAACUGUUGUAUUUAACUGAUAAUGAUUUGGGUGAUCGAGUUUAUGUAGAAUUGAAUAAGGCUCUUACAAAACCUCCAGCUUCCGUGCCUGUUGGAUUAAACAUUGAGAGAGAGGUUUGUUUAAAUUUGGAAAACAAAGAAUACAAACAUGAAUUGAAAGAGGUAACUGAAGAGUUUAAUUGA